GAUGCAUCCUUUGUCUCUCUCAGACAAGCUUUCCUCUAAUCACUGCGCAAUUAUUUCAUCAUCAUCGCAUUCAAAAGUUAAAUUCUUGUCUUCGUUUUCUUUCAGAUUUAUUUUCGUUAAUAAUAAUAAUAAUAAUAAUAAUUCUCAGAUUCGAUAUUCCCAUUCCCAAAAUCAGCCCAGAAAGUCUGUAGGAAUCCGGUGUGGCCGGGAUUUGGGGCAAUUCCACAGUCCAUGGCAUCGGCGCCGUCGAACAAGAUCGAGAGGGCCCACCAGUUGUACCGCGAAGGUCGGUACGAGGAUGCCCUAGGGCUUUACACGGAGGCCCUCGCCAUGGCCAAGACCAAUCCUCAGAAGAUCGCUCUCCAUAGCAACCGUGCCGCUUGUUUUCUCAAGCUUCACCGUUUCAACAAGGCAGCAGAGGAGUGCACCUCCGUGAUUGAGCUUGAUCAGAACCACACCGGGGCUCUGAUGUUGCGGGCGCAAACGUUGGUGACCCUCAAGGAGUACCACUCGGCGCUUUUUGAUGUAAAUAGGCUCAUAGAGUUGAAUCCAUCAUCAGAAGUGUAUCAAAACCUUGAAGCCCGUUUGCGGACUCAGCUGUCACUUGCUCCGAUACCCGAAUCAGAAGCAGAGUUAGAAGAGGAAGAGGAAGAACAAGAACAGGAGCAAGAAAAUGAAAAUGACGAAGGAGCAGAGACAAUUAUAGAUGAGGUGAAAGAGGAACAAUGUGGAGAGAGAGAAAUUAUGACAAUUGCAUCUGCAAGAACAGUUAACAGCGCUGAGUUCAAUAGGACAAUUGCUAAGACCAAUUUUACAGGGAUAAAAAUCCCAAUCAAGAAGGCAUUAUCUGAACAAGAGAAUGGUCAAAGUGUCAAUUCUGUAAAGAAUAAACCAACAGCUGAAGCUGUUGCUCCUCCUCAAGCACAGUGCACAAAGGGAUUAUCUGAAAAGGAUCCCCAAGGAUGGCAAUCGAUACCAAAACCGAAGGGACACUCAGCACUGGAUUAUGCAAGGUGGGACAGAGUUGAAGAUGAUUCCAGUGAAGAUGAUGACGAUGAUGAUGACGAGGAGGCUCAACCUCAAUAUCGCUUCCGUCUAAAAACUGUUGGUGUGCGACCAGUGAAGUGAAGAAAAAAUGUUGAGCGUAUAUAAUACAGAUUGUGCAUUCUCAUCUCUGAAUUACCCACAGAGAGAAGUCGAAACCAUUCUAAAUUUAUAAGAUGGUUCAUGUCAAAAGCUCAGGAAGAUUCUUUGGCUGAAGUUUUUUAAAGCUAAGGAAAUCUCCUCAACAUGUCGGUGAGCCCGGCGAUACUAGAACUGAUACACCAAGCAAAUAAUGUAGAGCAUAGAAGUCUGCAUUAGACCCCGGGCUCAAGCUAGUUCUGUUGUUUCUUUGCAGUUAGUUCCACCAUCCAUACAGAUUGUUUCUCGGCCAAAGAAUUGAUCUGAACCUUUACUGUCUCAUUAGUGGGUAUGAGGUUUGAGACCUAUUGGUUCUGAUAAUGUAUUUACAUGUUUGAUUUGUCCAUAUUCAGAUCCCUUAUUGUAAGUUAUUGCGUUGCUGUCUCUAAUGGGAAAUGGCAACUCACGCCAAGACAUAAGCCUUUGUUGUUUGGUUUCUCUGAUUGAUUUGUUCAUUGAAUUUCUGGUAUGGUAUGGAGCAUAUUACGUAAUCCAUAUAAAUCACUACAUGAAUGCCUAGUAAAGGUUGGCCAAAGUAUCU